UUGUAGGCGGCUAAAUCUCUCUAUUGUGUUUAUCUUGAGCCCUACACAGUUGUUUGGUAAAUGGGUACGACAUUCUCGCUAAAGAUUGUUAACCCUCCUCUCGCCAUGGACUGGCACACGUCUUAAAUAUCACACGGCUCUGCGUAAAUGCAAAAAUGAACAAAGGCUGGCUGGAACUCGAGAGUGAUCCAGGGCUGUUCACUUUGCUUGUGGAGGAUUUUGGUGUCAAAGGUGUCCAAGUGGAGGAAAUCUAUGAUCUCCAGAGCAAAUGUCAAAGUCCUGUCUAUGGCUUCAUAUUCCUGUUCAAGUGGAUUGAGGAACGGCGAUCCAGGAGGAAAGUUAACACUUUGGUGGAUGAGACAUCAGUCAUUGAUGAGGAAAUUGUAAAUGAUAUGUUUUUUGCUCAUCAGCUGAUUCCAAACUCAUGUGCCACCCACGCUUUGUUGAGUGUGCUGCUAAACUGCAGCGGUGUUGAGCUUGGCACCACCCUGAGUCGCAUGAAGGCAUUCACUAAAGGCUUCAGUCCAGAGAGUAAAGGUUACGCAAUAGGAAAUGCCCCAGAGCUUGCUAGAGCACACAACAGCCAUGCCAGACCGGAGCCCAGGCACCUGCCAGAGAAACAGAAUGGGAUCAGCGCUGUGCGGACCAUGGAAGCUUUCCACUUUGUGAGCUAUGUGCCCAUCAAAGACCGCCUCUUUGAGCUCGAUGGACUCAAGGCUUACCCCAUUGACCAUGGACCAUGGGGAGAGGAGGAGGAAUGGACUGAUAAAGCUCGGCGAGUAAUCAUGGAGAGGAUUGGACUUGCCACUGCUGGUGAGCCAUAUCAUGACAUUCGCUUCAACCUGAUGGCAGUGGUGCCUGACCGCAGGAUGAAGUACGAGUCCAAACUGGAAAUUCUUAAGAGGAAUCGACAGACAGUUCUGGAGGGUCUGCAGAAGAUGAUCCGGCUAACUCAACCCGAGCUUGUCCAUGACAAGAAGCAGCAGGACUCUUCCUCUCCUGAUGAGAACACUGCUGUGAUCAAGAAAGAGGCAGAUGCAGAGCCAGUUACAGCUCAGGGGGCCGACCAGGCUUCUUCAGCAGAGGAAUCCGGAGGUCAGACUAAGCAUGCCGCAAGCACUGGAGGAAACACCAAAGUCAUGGGCAAACCACCAGUCCCCUCAGGAGGAGGUGCUCAGCAGGUUACCAGUCCCAACCCCAUCGUUCAACGCCUUCCUGCCUUCCUAGACAACCACAACUAUGCAAAGUCUCCAAUGCAGGAAGAAGAGGAUCUGGCCGCUGGAGUUGGUCGCUCUAGAAUACCUCCUCAAACCCCAUACUCUGAAGAUGAAGAUGACUAUGAGGAUGAGGAGGAGGAAGUGACUGGUUCUGCAGGCACUUCUAAAAGGGUUAGACGGAAGGCGAGUCUGCGGUCACAAACAGGUCGGGUGGCGACUGGAAUGGAGAGCCAGAUCGCCCUGACUGUAUUGGCUGAGAAACUGAAGAAAGAGGCCCAAAGGAAAGACGCCUUAAAUACCCCACUUUCUGUACGCACAGAAGGGCGCACUGGGGGCAUUUGUAUCACAUCUGCAUCUCAGCCUUCCCCCACACCCAGCAACGAAAGCACUGACACCGCCUCUGAGAUCGGCAGUGCCUUCAACUCUCCGCUGCGCUCGCCUGCACGCUCCCAGGCUGCCACGCGGCCGUCCAGCCCUGUUGCAUCCCAUCUGUCUCGAGUGCUGUUUGGAGAAGACGAGAUGCUGAGGCUAGACUCUAGACACAACCGUGCUGUAAGAGAGCUGGGUCCCUCUGUCAGCAUUGCCUUGCUACACCUGCAGGAAGAUGGAGUCAUCUAUGCUUUCCCUCCAUCUGUAGAUUUGGCCGCUGAUGGCACAAAACAGACUUCUGUGCCUGAGAAGAUAAAAGACAAAGUGCAAGCAGGCCUGGUAGCAGGCGCAGCAGACGAAAAGCAGGGAGUCAAAGAGGAAGAGGAGGGACCAUCUGUGGAGGUGAAAGAAGAGGAGAAUAAAGACGGAGCGGAGGUAAAACCCUGCAAGGAGAAGCUCAGCGCUGUGGAAGCUGCUGCAGACAGCAAGCCCGCUGGGGAUAAAUACUCUCCCAAAGAGCUGCUUGCACUACUUAAGUGUGUUGAAGCAGACAUCGCCAAUUAUGAAGUGUACCUGAAGGAGGAAGUAGAAAAGAGAAAGAAAUUCAAAAUUGAUGAUCAGAGAAGGACUCAUAAUUAUGACGAGUUCAUCUGCACCUUCAUAUCCAUGCUGGCCCAGGAAGGCAUGCUGGCCAGCCUCGUGGAACAGAACAUCUCUGUGCGUCGUCGGCAGGGAGUGAGUAUCGGCCGCCUGCACAAACAGAGAAAACCGGACCGCAGGAAACGCUCCCGACCUUACAAAGCAAAGCGCCAGUAAAUACAAACAAUCACACCAUCUGUGUAUCAGUCAAUCCUGUGAGCAGUGAUCAAUCACCACAGAGUAAAGACACUGAUGCUGCACUCCUCAAACUGUCUCUUCAAGGCAGUUUGGUGUUGUAUUUUAGUCAGACCUCCUCCUUUUCAUGAAAUCAACCAUGUGAUUGGUUAGUAUUUUAAUCAUUUCUGUAUAUAUGUACUACCGUUUUAGUCUACUUGUACAUUUUCUUCUUUCUUGUGACACUCUUAUCAGCAGAUUGUAAAUAUGAAACAAAGGCAUGUUCCCAUAAUGCACCUGAACUCUUUGAGUCUUCAUUCUUGUUAAUAAGCUCUUCUCUACAGUUUUGCAGUCAGUACAGUUUAGUAUGUGGCGAAAUAUUCAAUUUGAAAUCAAAAAGUCUCACUCAUUGUUUUAUUGUGCCAAUGAAGUAUUGAAUGUUUGGAAAGUUACAAUCCAUGUUUCGAAUUUCUCCAUAGCUUUUCCGUUCUAGCUGUUCCGUUACACUGUUGGUAAUUCCCUUAACAACAUGAAAAGCAUCUUUUAAUUACAUUCUUCAUGGCCAAUUUUAAACUUGAGAGAAAGUCAUGAUACAUUCAAGGGGUUUCUCUUGACAUUGGAAUGUUUUGUCUGCCUAAGCUCUCUAGCUGUGUAUGUAUUGUUGGUUAUUUAAGGUCCUGCAGAUGAAUUACAAUCUCUGGGGUUAUUUUUCUACCUACAAAUGGCUUUCAGAGCGAGUGAAUAUUAAGUCUGACGUGUGCACUUGUGUGUUUUUGUACAUAUGUAUCCAUUAAAUGGUUAACCUGUA